AUGUUGUACUCGGAGAGCGACAGCGAGAUUCGUGUGCAGAGCGAACUGGAGACCAUCUCCUCCGAAGAGGACAGCGCGGAUGCGCAGGAGAUGCUUGCCGAAGCCGUCGCAGACAAUCGGGAGCAGAAGGAGUACGACCAUGCGAGGGCAUUCUUUUACAUUUUCGAGGACCCUGCGGGUCCCUUCCGACGUACUUUUCCGGAAUUCUACACGAAACUCGGUUGCGAAGUGACGGAUUUGACGGCGGUGCUGCGGGAGGUGCGCGACGAAGAAAUGGGUGCGGGAGUUGGCGACGAGGGCCACGAUACCCAACAUGGUGCUUCGACAACGUCGUCAGCGCUGCCGCCAGCAGCGUUGGAGUCCUCUUGCAAAGAAGAUAAUGCCACAGAGGAGGAUGUCGUGCUGAAACCUUCACCCGCCACGAGGUUUCUUGAUGCCCACCCCGGCAAGUGUCUGCUUCUCUCCAUUGAUCCAAGUAUUAACCGCGCGGAGCUGUGUAAGAAGCACGCCGAGGAGUAUCCUGGGAUAGAUUUUUAUGUGGGAUAUACUCAUUCUGAGCCCGCAGGGUGGGCUUUACUCCUCUCGGUGGAUCCAGCGAUUGUCGCACAGAUGCAAAUUCUAUAUCCAUCUCACCGUUUUGCGACGGAUGAGGAUCGGAGGAUUUUUCUGAAGGAGCAGCGUGCGGGGAAAGGGGGUGGCGCGGCUCUGCCUGCCCAGCCUUCGGCGUGGCGCCCUAACCGUGAGCUGAGCAAACGCAUGCGAGACGUGACAGAGCUUGCGCGCCUCAUUGAGGCCGUUGGAGGCCCCCAAAGGGCCAUUUUUGUUGCCCUGGAUGUAGAAGCCGCAGUUGUGCUUUCCGGUGGAAUUCCACUCCCCUUGGAGCUGGCGCUGAUUCCCCUUGGCACUGAACAUGAGUUGCAGACUUUUCACUGUUUUAUUCACCCUGGCAGAGUGAUGGAUGAGGUCACCGCUUUUGCCCUCAGCAGUGGCGUCCUAAAGGGGAGCCAUUUCAUACCUUUUCGUAACGCGAGCUUUCUCCGUCGCGACUACACUGAAAUAGCGAGGGAACUUAUUCCGUUUCUUGCCAAUGAACGCGUCUUUUUCGUAAACAAGGGCUCUACCAUGGACGUUCACGCGCUGCGCUGGGUGUUUGGGGCAGCCUCGGCGGUGGAGGGGAGUGAGUUUCCCAUACCGCCUCUUCAAGACAUUUAUUGCUUUGACAUUGAGGCUGUAUCCGAAGUUCUCUCUCGGGACGCUGCCGACGGUGGGAAAAGUGCUGAUGGUGCCGCGGCGUCUUGUUGGUACCAUGACAAGAUGGAACGGGCUCUUUUGGAAGAGGCCGCGCCUGGGCACCAAGUCCACUGUGCGUUGCGGGAUGCGGGGCGUCUCUAUAACCAAUUACGUUCCCUGCUUGAGAAGUGCGAUUCAGCGCAAGCAAACGCACACUAA